UGUUCCAAGCACCUCAACACGUGCGUGUAAAUUAUAUUACUUAGUCUAUUUAUACUUAACAGUACUAGCUAAAGAAUAAAUUAUCAUGGACGUCGAUACAACGGAGGCCCAGUUGCAAGUCCGAUUCGUUACUAAACAAGAACAAUAUGCGGUUCCCGACAGUCCCUACGCCAUACAAAGCAAUGUGCAACCUGCAGACCUCAACACAUUGGUCAAUGCCUUGCUAAAAGAGGCUGACAGCUCAGCAAAGACAGUGGAAUUCGAUUUCUUAGUGUGUGGGGAACUUUUGUGCUCGCCUCUUGGUGACCAUCUUCAAGAGAAGGGUGUGUCUACCGAACAGACUUUGGAGGUUGAGUAUCUGGAGAGGUUCCCGGCACCAAGCCCACAGGACUGUUUGAUGCAUGAUGAUUGGGUUUCUGCAGUACAGGCCCAUGGAAAUUGGAUCCUAUCGGGCAGCUAUGACAACAGUCUUCACAUCUGGACCACCAAAGGGCAGCACAAACUCGCUAUACCAGGUCACACAUCGCCAAUCAAAGCGGUCUCUUGGGUGUCCGUCAAUGGUGAUCAGGCAGUAUUUGCUAGUGGUUCCCAUGACCAAUCAGCGAUGCUGUGGGUGUGGAAUGUGUCCAACAACUCCGUGGACUGUGUGGUGACGUGCCGAGGUCACGAGAAGGGAGUGGAGUGCUUGUCGGUGUCCGCAGAUGCCUCCAGACUGGCUACUGGCAGCUGGGACACUAAUAUAUGCUUAUGGAGUGCUAGUCUUUCAGAUGAAGAUAAUGUACCGGCCAAGAAGAGGAGCAAAUCCGACCGCGGACAAGAUCAUGGAAAUACACGGGAACCACUGGCAACGUUAAAAGGGCACCGCGAGGCGGUGUCCGGCGUCCAGUGGAUGGAUUACAACACGGUGCUGUCCAGCGGCUGGGACCAUCUGCUCAAGAUAUGGGACUGCGAGCUCAAUGGCAUCAAACAGGAUAUUGCCGGCAACAAAGCAUUUUUCGACGUGGACUGGUCCCCGCUCAACAACACCAUGAUAACCGCCUCUGCAGACAGACAUGUCCGGCUAUAUGAUCCUAGAUCUCAAGAAAGCAUAGUGAAGACGACGUUCACGUCUCACACGGGAUGGGUGCAGUCAGUGCGCUGGUCGAAGACACGCGACUCGCUGUUCCUGAGCGCCGGCUGCGACGGACAAGUCAAGCUGUGGGAGACUAGAAGCCCCCGCACCCCGCUGUACGACCUGAGCGGCCACGAAGACAAAGUCCUGUGCUGCGAUUGGUCCGUGCCGUCCCUGCUCGUCAGCGGCUCCUGCGACAACACGCUCAGGAUAUUCAAGGCCAAGAACGCUCUGAACGCGUAAACUAUACACAAUGUUACAAGAGUACACUGAGAAAGGUAAGAUUUAACCCAUCUAACGCCAAGGACAUUAAGUGCUGGUAGCACCGAAUCGUAAGCGACCGCGAUUACGUCAUAGUUUCUGCUGUUAUUUUAAUCGGGCCGUUUGUGGUAAGUGCGUAGCGGGGGGACAAAAAUAAACUGAACUUGGUAAAAAUGUGAAAUUUAGUGUGCAUACAUUUUCAUAACAUUUGAGAUCAGUCAACUGUCAAAUUUAAUAAUUAAUGUGGCUAAAUUUUGGUCAGAAAGUCAUUGGUUGUAAGUUGGUGCGGCCAUGAGUACUCACUACAUUUGUUGGUAUGUAUAUAGGAUUCAGUAAAUAUGUUUUUGCCAAGUUGUAGGCAUGUAAGUAACAUAUAAUUAUGGCGUUGAAAGGGUUAACAUUGUUCACAAUAUUAUUAUUUUCAAAUGCAUUUGAAUCUUAAAUUUUUUAGUGUACUCUUAAAUUAGCAAUAGCAAUUCAAUUCAUAAUAAUUAUAUCAGUGUUAUCAGUUUAAAACGGGACUGCUAUAAUUCCACAUAGAUUUAUUCAGAAGAUGCGUUUGUUGAAAUGAGUAAGUUUCCGAUUUUCUUGAGGAUAUGUCCGUCUAUGUACGUAUUUUACUAUUCGUAAUUGCUCACGGUGUUCAUAAACUAUGUUAGGAUAAUGAUUAUAAAUAAACAAUAUUGUCCACUUAUUUAACCUUUUGAACGCCAAACGGCGCAUCCAUUUGCCGUGCCACUGACGCCACGGGGGUAAAAUUUAGUUUUGUGAAUUAAUAAUGCCAGCCUAAAAGUGGGGUGUUUUUCAGUACAUUUUCAUCAAAAAACGAUCGACGUCAAAUGCCGUCUUUCGCGUCGUUGUCACGAUUUUGCGUUGACGUCAAUUGCCGUCUGUGGCGUUCAAAAGGUUAAAUACCUCUUACUAAAUAAACAGUAUGAAUGUAUAUCUGGAUCCUUGCCUUGACUGUUAGUAGGGUGGGGCGUGUCAGAGCGUCAUAAAAUAAAAUGAUGAACUAAAUUUGGUUUCGCUUGUUUUAUUCAAUCACUUGCUCUUACAAAAUAUGUUCAAUGCAAAGGAACAUGACUCGUCACAAUAAAACAUGCUUCUUAGUA